AUGGCUUCCCGAACCGCGGUGCGCUCGAUGAGCUCUUUGACGCAUGCGGCUGCCAAAGCCUCCAACACCUCCGCAGUGGCCCGCGCCGUGACGUCCAUGGCUGCUCGCUCCCCCGCCUCGUUCACUAGCCGACGCGCGCUGAGCUCCAAUAGCCGACAAGUUACACAAUUCCCCCGCCUUCAGUCCUUCCAGUCCCUCUCCAGCAAGAGAUCUUUCAGCUCAACCGUCACAAUGGCUUCCGAAUCCCGCACUGAGAGCGAUGCCUUCGGAGAGAUCCAGGUCCCUGCCGACAAGUAUUGGGGUGCCCAGACUCAGCGCUCUCUGGGCAACUUUGAUAUCAACCAGCCUCAGGACCGCAUGCCCGAUGCCGUCGUCAAGGCUUUCGGUGUCCUUAAGGGUGCCGCCGCUACUGUCAACAUGAAGUACGGCCUUGACCCCAAGGUUGGUGAGGCUAUCAAGCAGGCUGCCGCCGAGGUUGCUGAGGGUAAGCUCCUUGACCACUUCCCUCUGGUCGUCUGGCAAACUGGUUCCGGCACCCAGUCCAACAUGAACUCUAACGAGGUAAUCUCCAACCGUGCCAUUGAGAUCCUCGGAGGCAAGAUGGGUUCCAAGAAGCCUGUCCACCCCAACGACCACGUCAACAUGUCCGCUUCCUCCAACGACUCUUUCCCCACUGCCAUGCACAUCGCCGCUGUUCUGGAGCUCGAGAACACUCUGCUCCCUGCCCUCACCAGCCUUCGUAACGCCCUGCAGAAGAAGGUCGAGAACUUCGAGCACAUCAUCAAGAUUGGUCGUACCCACUUGCAGGACGCCACCCCCCUUACUCUUGGCCAGGAGUUCUCUGGAUACGUUGCUCAGCUCGACCGCAACAUUGAGCGCGUCCAGGCAUCUCUUCCCCACCUGCGCUACCUCGCUCAGGGUGGUACCGCCGUCGGUACUGGUCUCAACACCUUCAAGGGUUUCGAUGAGGCCAUCGCUGCCGAGGUCACCAAGAUGACUGGCACCGAGUUCAAGACCGCUCCUAACAAGUUCGAGGUUCUCGCUGCCCACGAUGCUAUUGUCGAGGCCUCGGGCUCUCUGAACACCCUUGCCAGCUCCCUCUUCAAGAUCGCCCAGGACAUCCGUUACCUCGGAUCUGGUCCCCGCUGCGGUCUUGGUGAACUUAUCCUCCCCGAGAACGAGCCCGGUUCCUCCAUCAUGCCCGGAAAGGUCAACCCUACCCAGUGCGAGUCCUUGACCAUGGUCUGCUCUCAGGUUAUGGGUAACCAUGUUGCUGCUACCAUUGGUGGCAUGAACGGUCAGUUCGAGCUUAACGUGUUCAAGCCUCUCAUGAUCCGCAACCUGCUCCACAGCGUGCGCAUCCUCGCCGACGGCAUGAAGAGCUUCGAGAAGAACCUUGUUGUUGGUCUUGAGGCCAACGAGCCCAGAAUCAACACUCUCCUCCACGAGUCUUUGAUGCUUGUUACCUGCCUGAACCCCGUCAUUGGCUACGACAUGGCCUCCAAGGUCGCCAAGAACGCCCACAAGAAGGGCAUUACUCUCAAGCAGAGUGCCAUGGAGCUCAAGGCUCUCAGCGAGGAGGACUUCGACAAGCACGUCCGCCCAGAGCUGAUGCUCAGCCCCAAGGAGAAGAAAUAG